AUGCUUCGCGUUGCUUGCUUCCUGGCUUUGGCGCAGAUUCCCGGUGUGGCGAACGGGCAAACGCAGUCAGUGUGUCCUACGAUUAUAGCAUCAGCCAGAACCUUUGCUGACCAAUUUCCAUACUGCUUCACAAAUUGCAGCUCGCUGUGUGAGCCAUUGGGUGCCAUCGUCAUUGAGUAUAUGAUGACUUUCGAUGUGAAUGCCACGACCAGGGUAGUUUGCCGUGAUGCUCAGGACUGGCUUUGCACCAUCAAUGAAGGGCUUGAAGCUUGUUCGGGUUUGCUCGAGCUGGCCGAGACAUCACUCAGUCUCACGAACCUUGGCGUGCAACUUCAUGCUGUCUGUCGCCAAUGUGUUUGCGAUUGGCAGUCAUCAAGGUGA